AUGUCGUGCUCAGAGGAGUUGACUACCCUGAUAGAUGACGACCUCCUCGACUUCAUUCUAAAGGAUAAUGCUCGGUACCUUGAAGCCCCAGAGACGGAGAAGUGUCUGAUGGAAGACCUGCCAGAGCCUGAGGUCCUGGACAAGGAGAUGGAUGACUUCAUCACCUCACUGCUGAGCUCCUUUGAACAUGAACCCUGCAUGCUGCAGGGUCAUUCACCUGCUAAUAAUGACAGUGGCAUUUCUGAGGAUCAGCAUCUGUACCAUAGCCCUGGCAGCAACCUUGCCAGCAGUUCUUUGAGCUCAGAUAUUGUGCAUGCUGAUCAUAACUAUUCCCUCCAUGAGACCUGGCCUGUGCUGGAAAGCGUGAGGCCUGACAUGGCAGAAGGUGUUUCUAUUUACCUUGGGAUGAACAUGGAUUCAGAAGGGAUGAGCAAGACACAGGAACAGAGCUUCUGUUUCCCCAUUGUUGUUGCUGUGGAUGCCACACCACAGUUUGUGCCUGAUGCCUUUGUGCAGGCGGAUUUCCCAGAGGUGAUCCUGAUAGAGGGGAAGAGGCCCCUCUGGGAGAAAGAAGAUGUUUCAGUACCAACCUCUCCACCACCAAGAAAAGUCAGAAAGCAGCUUCCGAAGAAGGUGCGUCCAAAGAUCCAGAGCAAGCAGUCAGCCCAGAAUAGUCGUCGUCGUCGUCGUCGGAAGAUGCACAUGGGGCCUGGAAAAAGAAUGACAGCCUGCACAGCUCGGAACCAUGAGCUGGAGAACAAGAUACAGCUGCUGCGGAAGAAGAACAUGUCACUGCUCAAGCAGCUGCGGAGACUGCAGGCCUUGGUGAAACGCUUCACUACCAAAACUACCAUAAUAAAAACCUGCACCAUGAUGGUGGUUAUGUCCUUCUGCCUCUUUAAGCCUCAAAGCAUUUGCUCCUUUCAGAACACUGAUACACAGGGGGAGCUCAGAGCUCUGCCACAGCUGAUCAGCGAGCUCCCAAACCAGGUAGCACCUGAUGUGCAGGAGGACGCUGCGCUGGAGGGGUUCAGCCCAGACCCCGAUGAUCUCUCACUGUUAGGGAUCCGCAGUCAAUCGUGGGAGGAGGUGCAGAGUCCACCUAACCCUGAUCCCAGCUAUUUUAAUAACAGCAGCUCAUCCACAGUCCUGGUGUCAGCAGCCUCCCAGCUGGGCCCUCCCCAGCCUCAGGAGCAGCUCUCCCAGAGCAACCCUUUGCAGAUGGUGGUGCUGGUGCCAUAG